AUGCUCAGGAAAGGCGGCCUGGGGGGUGGCCAAGUGGCCGCCGCGGCGCCAGCCAAGAAGAAGGCGAAGCAUCCUGCUCUAGGUGUCGUCCGCCUGGACUACGAAUAUCCGCCAGCCCCGGGAGACUCUGACCAUCCAGGCAGCUUUGGAUAUGAGGUCUACUACAGAUGCUGCCCAGGCUUGACUUUUGAGAUGUGCCAGGAAGGCCAUUUCCCCGAAGAUGUCGAGCGCCGCUUCGCCGAUGCCAUCAAGCAUCUUGAGGCUCGUGGAUGUUCUGCCAUCACUGGUGACUGUGGCUUCAUGAUGGCCUUCCACGUGAUCGCGAGGAAGAUUGCAGCCAAGCCCAUCUUCAUGUCCUCCAUGGUGCAAUGCCCUAUCAUCGCGGCCUCCCUGGAGCCAAAGGACCAGAUUCUGCUGCUCACCGCCAACGAUCAUCAUCUGAAGCCGCAAAAGACAGUGUUGCUGAGUACUUGCGGCUUUGACGUUGACGAGGAUCGUUUUAUCAUCAAGGGCUGCCAGAUGGUACCGGGUUUCGAGGCGGUGGCGUUGGGUGGCAAAGUGCCGCUGGAGAAAGUGCAGCCAGGAAUUGUGCAGCUGGUGAAGGAUACGAUGAAGCAGCACCCGCGCAUCUCUGCUAUCCUUCUGGAAUGCACGGAGCUACCGCCUUACGCGGAUGCGCUGCGUUACCACACCGGCUUGCCUGUUUGGGAUGCCGUUACUGCCGCCGAUUUCUACAUCUCUGCGCACCAAGACAAUCCAAGGUUCGGCCACAACGAUUGGCAGGAAGCAUGGGAUGGCACGCACGAGGAGUAUGAGCUCGGCCUCAACCUCACAAAGGAUGAGCUGUCAUUGGUGGUAAGCAAGCACAAGUGGAAGGAGGAGAAGAAGUCCCGUGCCCUGCACAAGAAGAAGAAGCUGGACAAGGUUCAGAAGAAGGUUCGCAAACAGCAGUCUCCCAUGCUGGGCAUUCUGCGCUUGGACUACAACUACCCCCCCGCGGCGGGCGACAUCGAUCAUCCCGGAAGCUACGACUACGAUGUGCUGUUUCGUGUGGUGCCUGGCUUCACUUUCGAGAUGGCACAAGCUGGAAAGCUCUCCCCCGAAGUCGAGAAGGAGUUCAGGCUCGCCGUGAAGUGGCUGGAGGACAAGGGGUGCUGUGGCAUCACUGGAGACUGUGGAUUUAUGAUGGCUUUCCAGCCUCUGGCGCGUGAAGUUGCCCGCGUCCCUUGCUUCAUGAGCUCCAUGAUGCAGUGCCCCAUGAUCUCUGUUGCCUUCGACAAGUACGACAAGGUGUUGAUUCUCACUGCGAAUGAUGACACGCUGAAGCCGCAAAAGGAGACGCUUCUGAGCCAGUGCGGAUUCGAUGUGGACGAUGCCCGCUUCAUGAUCCGGGGUUGUCAGGAUGUUCCUGGCUUCGACGCGGUUGCGAAGGGUGAGAAGGUGGACACGGAGUACGUUCAGCCGGGCAUCGUCUACAUGGUGAAAGAGAUCCUGAAGAAGAACGCCUCUAUCCGCGCCAUCUUGCUUGAAUGCACGGAGUUGCCGCCUUACGCCGACGCCCUCCGCCACGAGACACGGCUGCCCGUCUUCGAUGCUAUCACCAAUGCCGACUUCUUUUUGUCCGCCCGGCAGGACAAUCCUCGCUUUGGCUUUAAUCAGUGGCAGCUCGAUUGGGAUGGCGAACAGGAAGACUACGAGUUUGGGCAGCACCUCACUGCCGAGCAGGCAGCAAGACUGAUCAACUAA